AUGGAGCUGAAGCCGUGGUACCCCAGGGAUUUUGCAUUAGCCCUAAGCAACACCUUUUCGGAUGAAGAAGUGACACUGUUUCUGAAGCAGCCCGGCAGUUCCCCACGUUUUGUGUAUGGGAUUUUGAUGCUGCCCACCGUACUCAAGUACUACCUUGAUGCCGACCAAGGCUAUCGGAUCGACCAGGCCAUGACCCAGGCCACGCUGUUUGGAUAUCAGCUCCAUCGAUUCACCGAGUCAAGCACGCCUGUCAUUGCCCGUUCAUCCGACCCCACUGCUGUCGUAGAGGGCAUGCUCAUUUUCGAUUUGGAUGAGCACCAGCGAAACGCAAUUUAUGAGCUGGAAUCUGGGUUGAUGUGCCUGGCGAGCGUCCAAGUGGACAUUUGCCAACGGGGCCGCCACGAUCGCGUGCAUAGUCUUCGGAAAGUCGAUGCUGGGACAUUCGCCUGGACCGGCUCCAUGGAGGGAUUGGUCCCUCUGAAAUCGGCUGCGUGGAAUGUAGAUGAGUUUCUCCAAGCGCCUUUUUAUCGAUACAUAUCGGAAUCUCGGUCUCGGUCAGCCUUGAAGGCUUCUGAGUCCGUGGGAGCGAUGUAUCAGGGUGUUUUCAUGGAGCGUCGCAAGGGCUAUACUAGCUCAGUGGUGGGAGAGGUGUCAUUGUACAGGAUUGACGAGGAACCCGGGUCGGCAUGGUAA